AUGACCUUGUAUAUUACAUUGUUUGUAGCCAUCCUCUUCAUCGUGCUCUACAAUAUAUGGAGAGCCAAAAAAAAUGUGCCUCCAAAUUGGCCAAUAAUUGGCAUGUUACCAUCAGUUUUUCAUAACAAAUCCAAUAUUCAUGAUUUUGUAACCUCGGGAAUGAAAUAUUAUGGAGGUACUUUGCGUUUCAAAGGUCCUUGGUUCACAAACAUUGCCAACUUUAUCCUCACCAGUGAUCCCGUGAACGUGCACCACAUCACUAGCAAAAAUUUCAGUAACUAUGGAAAAGGAUCUGAUUUUCAUGAGAUUUUUGAAACCCUUGGUGUUAGUAUUAUAAACUUGGAUGGCAAUGCAUGGAAACAAGAGAGGGCACUACUUCAUUCAUUCCUCAGAAGCAAAAGUUUUGAGACAUCCCUUCAACAAAACAUUCACAAGAAGCUAGAGAAUUGCCUUUUACCAUUUCUUGAUCACCAUGCAUCAAAAGGUGCACAGGUACUUGAUUUACAAAACAUUCUUGAGAGGUUCACUUUUGAUGUUACUUGUACUUUUUUAUUUGGAUUUGAUCCUAAUUGCCUUCCUCACAAGUUCAAUGAUGAGUUGUUAGACACUUCUUUUGUAAAAGCUAUUUAUAUGCUUGAGGAUAUGGUGUUAUCAAGACACUAUAUUCCAAAAUGCUUUUGGAAGCUACAAAAAUGGCUACAAAUUGGCCAAGAGAAGAAGCACAAAGCAGCUCAAGAAAUUCUUCACCAAUUCUUGUCCAAAUGUAUAGCUUUUUCCAAAGGCGUUGAUGAAAGUCAUUUUUGCUUGCUAAAGGAACUAAUGAAAGAAAAAAAGGCUGACAAUGAGAAGUAUAUUAGAGACACUGCAGUGAGUCUCUUAGGUGCAGGAAAUGGAACAAUAAGUUCAGGUCUAAGUUGGUUCUUUUGGCUUGUUUCAACUAAUCCUAUUGUUGAAACAAAAAUCAUUCAAGAAAUCAAAGAUUAUUGUCAUGCAAAUGAUGAUAAUUUAAUGACUAGUUUAAGUGUGGAAAAGCUUAAUAAGCUAGUUUAUCUUCAUGGAGCUAUUUGUGAAGCUUUGAGGCUUUAUCCACCUAUACCAUUUGAACACAAAUGUGCUAUAAAAUCUGAUAUUUUACCUAGUGGAGAUUAUGUUAGUCCAAAUACAAAGUUAAUAUAUUCUUUGUAUGCUAUGGGAAGGAUGGAGAAAAUAUGGGGUAAUGAUUGCUUGGAGUUCAAGCCAGAGAGGUGGAUAUCGAGUAGAGGAGGUAUUGCUUAUGUACCAUCUUACAAGUUUAUAGUGUUUAAUGCAGGUCCAAGAAGUUGUUUGGGAAAAAGUAUUACCUUUGUUCAAAUGAAAAUGGUUGCAGCUGCUUUGUUAUGGAAGUUUCAUAUAGAGACUGUUGAAGGUCACACUAUUGCUCCUAGGGUUUCUAUGAUUCUGCGUAUGGAAUAUGGACUUAAGGUCAAAGUUAGUAAGAGAUGCAUUUGA